AUGGAAGAGAAACCAUUCAAGUGUGAGAUGUGUGACAAACCUUUCUCAUGUUCAUCUUACUUCCAGACACACCAACGCAUUCAUGCAGGGCAGAAACUGGUCAAAUGUGAGGUUUGCGAUAAAGCUUUUGUGACACCUUCGACUCUGCUGAGACACCAGAGGAUUCACAGGGGGGAGAAACCCUUCAGAUGUGAUGUUUGUGAGGUGGCUUUCAUCCAAUCCUCUGAUCUCAUGACGUACCAGAGAAUUCACACAGGGGAGAAACCCUUCAAGUGUAAUGUGUGUGACCGAGCCUUCACACAGUCAUCAGGACUUGUGAAACACCGACGCAUUCACACAGGGGAGAAACCGUUUAUAUGCGAUGUAUGCAACAAAUCAUUCUCAGAUUCAUCGAUCCUCCGUGUACACCAACGCAUACACACGGGGGAGAAACAGUUCAAGUGUGAGGUGUGUAGUAAGAGCUUUGCACACUUAUCGGGCCUGGUGAAUCAUCGACGUAUUCACACAGGGGAGAAACCAUUCACGUGUGAGGUGUGCGACAAAUCAUUCUCACAGUCAUCAAACCUUCACGCACACAGCCGCAUUCACACGAGAGAGAAGCCAUUCAAGUGCGAAGUGUGCGACAAGUUAUUCUCUCGCUCAUCUCACUUUCAUGUACACCAACGUAUUCACACUGGGGAGAAACCAUUCAUGUGUGAGGUGUGUAAUAAGGGCUUUGCACAGUUAUCAGGCCUGUUGCAUCACCGUCAUAUUCACACUGAGGCAGAAGCCAUUCCAAAAUGA